AUGCGCGCUUCGAAUACUCUCUUAAUUUCGUCGUCUUUUCUCGAUUCUUCUGCUAAGUGCCGCAUUGACAACGGCAGGACGCUGAUCUGGUGCAUGUUGACUACACUUGGCUCAUCUACGACGUUCUCUUCUGCUGGUUCAACGGGGAACCGGGACAGGAAGUCCGCAUUGGAGUGCUCUUCGGACCUCCUGUAUCGAAUGUCGUAG